AUGGCGGAGGCGGCCGCCACAUCGUUCGCCUCCAUCCUCGUCCUCGGUGCGGGCUUCGGCAUCGCGGCUUAUGCUUACCACAAAGGGUACAAGUACAUGGUCCUCGAGAAGAUGGCCAAAGCCUUCGAGCCCGGUGACCCUGUCCUUGAGCUCGCGGCCAUAGGAAAGGAUCUGCCACUCGGCAAGACAGCAGCAGCCACCCACUGGGUGGAGAGGCCCGAGCAGCCUAUUGUCGACGAUAUCGUUGCCGGAAAGGAGCGGGGACACUAUCACCUGUUCAUCGGCGAGAAGGGCACCGGCAAGAGCAGCAUGCUUCUGGAAGCGAUGCGCAAGAUUGACGGCGAUGGUGUGGCCAUGUUCGAGGCGCAUGCCGACCUUGAGAUUUUUCGAAUCCGCCUGGGAAAAGCGCUGGACUACGAGUUCCAUGAGGACUACAUCGGCGGUUACUUCAGUGAGCGCGGCCCCAGAGAUACCACAGCCCUCCUCGACAUUGAGCGCGCCCUCAACAAGCUCGAGAAGGUUGCACUUCGGCGCCGCGCCAAGGUCGGGAGGCCGCUCGUGGUCAUCAUCAACCAGAUGCACCUGAUUAGGGACGACGAUGAUGGCAAGGACCUGAUUGAGCUGCUGCAGCAACGGGCAGAGCAAUGGGCGGCGGCGGAUCUGGUAACCAUGGUCUUCAAUAGCGACGACUACUGGGUCUAUGAGCGCCUCAAGCAGCUGGCAACGCGCAUGGAGGUCCUCACCAUCGUCGACCUGCCCAAGACACAGGCCACGGCCGCCCUCAGGAACUACCGUCAGCGAUACUUCGGCGAGGUUCCAUCCUCCGAGCUCCUUGAGCAGGUUUACGACCGCAUCGGAGGCCGGCUGAACUUCCUGAACCGCGUGGCUAAAAGCAGCGACAUGCUCUCCGCAUGCGAUAAGAUUAAACAGAUGGAAAAGACGUGGUUUUUGAACCAGUGCUGGAUCCUUGGAGAGGAUAUGGAUGAUGAUGUGAUGGAUCAGCAAAAGUGGGCUGCUGCCGCAGUGGUCUUAGCCACGGCCCUGGUUGACAAGGAAAAAGAGAUGGAGACCACAUACAACCCAGCCUUAGGCCAUGUCCUCCCAUCGUUCCCGCUUCACAAGGCCCAGGAGAUCAUGACGCGAGCCGACUUCGUGCGCGCCCUCGACCGUCUAAACCUGUUCAGCAUCACCAGCGAUGCCCAGGUCCGCGCGAGCUCGGUGCCGAUGCACCUCGCCUUCCAAGAAAUUGUGGCCCAACCGGGCUUCCGGGAGCAUCUCCAGGGCACGAUUGACCGUAUCGCGGCUAUUGAGAGUCUCGGCCGGACGAGAGAACUAGUCGCAAAGGACUUGGUCCUCGGCGGGAAGUACGAGAUACGCAAGGUCCCUGGCGGCAUUGACGUGACCUUGAAGGAGAAGGAGGAAGACAAUGAUGAUGAAGGAGAAAGCGACAGCUGA